UAAUAGCGCGCUGCUGCAGUUAUUCGCUAAAGGCCGUCCUAACAGCCGAACCGAAGAGACACUGGUCACCGGUGCUUUUUUGUGUUGAUAGUGCUGGUGUUAGUGUUCGAACACGAAGAACCAAUGAAUUUUGUAAGGAUUCUCAAAACGCACUAGCAUCGGAGCAAUAACAAUAGUUAUCAGUAACCGAGAAAUGUAAUCUGUCAUUUCCAUGGUCAAUCGCAUCGCAUAUGAACCAGAGUGUUAUGCAAGUGUUAAAAGUAAACUACCACUACCUCGUGUGUAAAGAAAUCAUUGUUAUUAUCAUUUGACUGUUUGAAUGUAGUGAACCUCAAUCUACUUUGUGGUUAUUCACGUUAUUUAUUCACAACGAAAGUUACACCAAUCUAAGACACCUAAGCGGAGCGGUUGGUAACAGUAUGAUCAAUCAGAAGACGCCACUUGAAGAUGGCAGAACAUCAAAGGAAACACCACAAUACAGUGAACUGUCCUAUCUCGUGUCUAGGCAAUGUCUUCAUCAGGAGGCUUUUAAUCAGCUGUCUCAGUACGAACGUCUUAAACCAACUGCCAUCGACUCAAUUGGAUCUUCUGUUCGAGAUUUUCGAUGUAUUUCUACUCUUAAGGCGUUUUUCCCAAUCAUACAAUGGCUUCCGAAAUAUUCUCUUAAACACGAUCUCUUCAGUGAUAUGACUGCUGGACUGACAGUAGCCGUUCUGCAAAUACCACAAGGAAUGGCCUACGGAAUACUUGCAGGUGUUGCCGCUAACGUGGGUCUGUACAUGGCUUUUUUCCAUUCACUCGUUUAUGCCGUGAUGGGCACAUCGCGCCACAUUUCGAUGGGAACAUUUGCUGUGACAAGUUUAAUGACUGCCAAAAUCGUGGCAACUUACGCGACGUUUGUUCCUACGUUAGCGCUCAAUGAAACUGUUGGCGCAAUAGAUCCUGCGAUAGAUCCUAUAGCAGAAGCGGUAUACACACCUAUCCAAGUGGCAACGGCUGUUUCAUUCGUAGCUGGGAUAAUUUAUUUUGCCAUGAGUGCAGCACGGUUAGGUAUGCUAUCUUCAUUACUAAGCGAACCGUUAGUCAGUGGUUUUACAACAGCAGCUGCCGUGCACGUUAUGGUCAGUCAACUCAAGGAUCUACUAGGAGUUUCUAUUCCUCGCUAUAAGGGAGCUUUCAAAGUUAUUCUGUCGUUAAGAGAUAUCUUCGAUCAAGUUCCAAAUGCCAAUCUGACAGCUGUGUACACGUCCCUGGUCGUUAUUUUUUUUAUGAUUUUCAUGAACGAAUAUCUCAAACCUUGGCUCUCUACUAAGUGUCGAUUUCCAGUACCGGCAGAACUAAUGGCUGUCGUUGGAGGCACAGUAGUAUCGUAUCUGAUAAGACUUGGUCCUGAUUUUGGCGUUGGAUUAGUUGGAUCCAUACCAACCGGCCUUCCAGCACCUCAAUUUCCUCCGCUUGCAUUAAUCAAAGCUGUUGCCGUUGACAGUAUAGCUGUAACGAUCGUAGGGUAUUCAAUUGUCAUGUCCAUGGGAAUGAUUUUUGCUCAGAAGGAUAACUAUGAGGUGCGCCCUAAUCAAGAAUUAGUAGCCCUAGGAGUUACAAAUGUGAUUGGAUCAAUGUUUUCAUGCAUCCCAACCGCUUGUUCACUGUCUCGAUCGUUGAUUCAGCACCAAACUGGGGGGAAAACUCAAAUAGCCGCCGUUUUUUCUUCCAUGAUAAUGCUAGUAGUUUUACUUUGGGUUGGACCUUAUUUCGAAAGUCUCCCACGAUGCGUGUUAGCGGCAAUUAUUGUUGUUGCUUUAAAGGGUAUGCUUAUACAAGUAUAUCAUAUAAAAAAAUUCCAACGAGAGGGAAGCUUAGAACUUUUCGUGUGGUGUGUUACGUUUCUAUCAGUAGUUAUCAUCGACAUAGAUGUAGGGCUGCUAAUCGGCGCAGCAUUCUCAUUACUUGCACUUUACGUCAAAGGCUGGAGGACAUACUACAGUGUCCUUGGAACAGUACCAGAUACCGCAAUUUAUGUUGACAUUGGUAGUCACCAGCGGGCGGAAGAGCUACCGCACAUAAAAAUCUUCAAAUUUACUGGAGCAAUAAAUUUUGCGAACAAAACUAAUUUCAAAAAAGCAUUGUACAAAAAAACGAAAAUCCUUCAACGUUACAAUCCAUCGUUGAUUCCGCGCUACAACGGAGAAUCUACUAGCUUAGAGUCAACUAAAACGGUAAUUAUAGAUUUGAGUAGUGUACCUCACGUUGAUACUGCGGCUUGCAAAAUGCUUACAGAGGUCAAACAACAAUUAGAGAAAAUCAACGUCGACCUACUGCUUGCUACUCCCGCUGAUUGCGUCUACGAUGCGCUAUUGCAUGCAGAAUCGAUAGGAGAAGGAGGUUUCCUUAUAUUUCCCACCAUACAUGAUGCUGUAAUACAUGCACAGGGAGAAAUUUCGGCUGUAUAGCAAUCUUAUCUGAAAGUAAUGUUUAUGUUGUACAAUAACAUUUAUAUUAAAAUAGUUUUUCAAUGAAAAACCAAUCUGUGUGCCUUCUCUAUGAAAAAUCAAGAUAGAGCAUGUUUGCAAUGAUUACCGACUGUAGUUAUAAAAUACGUUUGGUUUGGCGGAAGGGAAGAGCACACUUAACGUAUAGGAAGAGAUCACCCACAGCAGAAAAAUGUAAUAGGAUUUUAAGUGAACAUUUUUUGAUGUCCUUGGUAAAAACUUGAA